GGUGUGGAAAUGCGACGCGCGCAGUUAGUUUCACGAGGGCAUCCACGACGGUUGUGUUCUCCGUCUCCCUCGCUCCUUUUUCCCCCUCCUCGAGGUUAACUCGCAGCUCACGUCACUCCCUACGACGCGACGGAGAGGAACGAUAGUGUGUGUAUCAAGAAGCGCGACGCUUGGUCAUCAUGACAGAGGGGACUCGCAAGGAGGUUCGCGUUUGGUGCGAUGGGUGUUACGAUAUGGUGCAUUUCGGACACGCAAAUUCCUUAAGACAGGCCAAAGCCUUAGGAGAUUAUUUGGUGGUAGGUGUUCAUAAUGAUGAAGAGAUUACGAGACACAAAGGCCCUCCCGUCUUUACUGAACAAGAAAGGUACAAAAUGGUGCGUGGUAUUAAAUGGGUGGACGAAGUAGUCGAAGCUGCGCCUUAUGUCACUACAUUAGAGACAUUAGACAAGUAUAACUGUGAUUUUUGUGUUCAUGGCGAUGAUAUCACAAUGACAGCCGAUGGUGUAGAUACUUAUCAUUUAGUCAAGGCAGCCGGUCGUUAUAGAGAAGUUCAACGGACAGCUGGCGUUUCAACGACCGAUCUUGUGGGACGUAUGCUGCUAAUGACGCGACAGCACUUUCGACAGGGUGACAAUGAGUAUAGCGUUGAUAGAGAACCGAGCAAGCGCAUGGGUCAAGAUAGAACUGCUCGGAGUCCAUGGACUGGCUGUUCGCAAUUUUUGCCAACCACGCAGAAAAUAAUACAAUUCAGCGACGGCAAGAGUCCUCAGCCAGAAGACAAGAUUGUAUACGUGGCAGGCGCAUUCGAUCUCUUCCAUGUGGGGCACUUGGACUUCUUGGAAGUCGCUAAGAAGGAGGGCGACUAUCUCAUAGUCGGACUGCACACGGAUCCAGCCGUUAACCGAUACAAGUGCGGCAAUCAUCCCAUUAUGAACCUUCAUGAACGAGUUCUCAGUGUGUUGGCAUGUAAGUACGUCAAUGAAGUUGUAAUCGGCGCACCAUAUGCAGUCACAAGAGAUCUAAUGGAACAUUUCAAUGUCUCUGUCGUGUGUCAUGGACAAACGCCCAUAAUGCCCUGCGAAGAUGGUUCAGAUCCAUAUGCAGAACCCAAGAAGCAAAAUAAAUUUAAAUUGUUAGAUAGUGGUAACGACAUGACGACGGAGAAAAUAGUCGAAAGAAUCAUUCUUCACAGGUUGGAAUACGAGGAUAGAAAUUUAAGAAAGGAGAAAAAAGAGCUUGCCGCUUACGAAGCCCUCAUGAAGUCUGAGAAAAAUGACAACAUUGAAUAAUUAUUUGUUUUGUUGCUUUCCACAAACGUUUACAGUGUGUAUGUGUGAUAAUCAGAUUUUAUAAAGUUAAUAUGUAAAUAUGAUGUCACACUGGCACUCAAUUUAUCGUUUCGAAAUGCCUUACAUAGAGUUGAAGUAAACACUUAUAGUUGUUCGACACGCUAGAAAAGUCGAUUAAUGACAUGGGAAGAUCAAUUUUGAUUUUUAUUUGUUGCAAAAUGCAAUGAAAAAUAAUACACAAUGAUAAUUAUGAAAUAUUUUAUAUGCAAGGUGUGCCAGAACUAUCGCCAUUUGUUUCUCUUCACUAGAUUUUUUACCAAUUUCUGAGUUCAUUUUUCUUACAUAUAUCAGUAUCUAUUUAGAAUUACGAGUAGAAGAGAAUAAUAUUUAAUUUUUUUAUGUAAUGAGCUUUGAGUAAAAUUUUAAUUUGAGGUUUUAUCAAUUAAAUGUGACGUGGUACAAGAUCUUUUUUUAUGAUCGGUUAUUAAAUAUCGGUUAUUAAAUAUUGCGUAAAGAGCUCAAGUCUAUCUUUAGCUUUAGACAAACUUUAACUGAAUCCUUAUCAUAUUGCAAUUGUACUAAUAUGAAAUUGAUUUUGAAAAUC